UUUCAAGGCGCGACUCGCUGCCCUCUCCCCACCGUUAGGCCUAUCCAUCUCUCUCUCUCUCUCUCUCUCUCUCUCUCUCUCUCUCUCUGAGCCCUAGAUUUUCUCCCCAUUUCUCUCUACCUCGACAUUUCUCGGGAAAAUGGCAAACGCAGCGUCUGGGAUGGCUGUGCAUGAUGAAUGCAAGCUAAAGUUUUUAGAAUUGAAGGCAAAACGAACUUACCGCUUCAUAGUUUACAAGAUAGAGGAGAAGCAAAAGCAGGUUAUAGUGGAAAAGGUGGGUGAACCAGCUGAUAGCUACGAGGAUUUCUCUGCAAGCCUCCCUGCUGAUGAAUGCCGAUACGCUGUCUAUGACUUUGAUUAUGUGACUGAGGAGAACUGCCAGAAGAGCCGGAUUAUUUUCAUUGCUUGGUCCCCUGACACAUCGAAGGUGAGAAGCAAAAUGAUCUAUGCUAGUUCGAAGGACAGGUUUAAGAGAGAGUUGGACGGUAUUCAGGUAGAGUUGCAAGCUACCGAUCCAACUGAAAUGGGCCUUGAUGUUAUUAGAAGCCGGGCGACUUGAAUGUUAAGCAUCAGCUCAGCAACUGGAGGGGGUCGUCUCUAUACUAUAUGGUUUUUAUGUGACCUGUUUAUAGUCUAUGGACUUGAGUUUGGUUUACUAUUGUAUUGCGUUGCCUUUGAGAAUGUGAUUUGUAAUUCGUGGAUUCUUGGUUACCUCAUUCUGGUGUGGAUUUCUUGCCCAGCUUGCAUAUAUACAUAUAUAUUUUUUCUGUUGCCAAUAA